AUGGAAGGUUUAAUGAAAAUUCAGAAAAGUAUUCAAGAUAAAAUAAAUAAAAAUUAUAGCAAUUAUAAAAAGUCAAAAAGUCGUAGUUCAUAUGGAUAUUUUGCAGAGAGAUUAAAUAUUUUAAAUAAUAAUUGGCGGGAGUUUGAAGAAAAUCAUCGGAAUAUUUUAAAAGAAGCCGUAGAUACAGACAAAGAUAUAAGUUAUUUUAAACUAAGUCUAUUUGAUGAAGUUGAAGAAUUAUAUGUUGAAUUUAAAUGUGCACUCCAAGAUUCUAUGGCAUUAUUAAAAAAAGAUGAACCAAAGGAAAAAGAGGAGAACAGUAAAGAUCAAUCUUCAAACUCGCCUUCUGGAAGUAGUAUUGCUCAUUUACCACGAAUUUCUUUACCAAUUUUCUCAGGAAAAUAUUUGGAAUGGCAGUCUUUCCAUGAUUUAUUUGUUUCUAUGAUCGACAGUAAUACAUCUUUAGCAGAAGUUCAGAAGUUGCACUACUUAAAGGCACACCUCAGUGGAGAAGCUGAACAGAUAUUACGUCAUAUCCCAAUCACAGACGCUAAUUAUACACAGUGUUGGAAUAAGCUAAAAAAGAGAUAUAAUAAUAGGCGCUAUAUUGCUAAUUCAAUUCUCACGAGACUGGUCGGUCAAAGAAAGUUGAUGACAGAGUCUGCAAAUGGAAUCAAGCAGUUACUGGACACAACAAAUGAUUGCCUGAGUGCAUUAUCUAAUAUAGGAGUGAAUACAUCUUCUUGGGACAUUAUCAUUAUACAUCUUGUGUCAUUAAAACUAGAUAAUAGUACUAGAGUGCAGUGGGAGCACAGGAUCAGUGACCACUCAGACAUAUUACCAACGUUAGAGGAAUUCAAUAAAUUCCUAGAAUGCAGGUUUUUGGCUAUGGAAUGUCUUCAUAAUAACGAGAGAAAUGAUGAUAAAGUAGAGAGACCAAAAGUUUUUAGUGUCACCGCAAUCUCCUGUUCCUUUUGUAAAGAAAGUCAUCUAUUAUUCCAAUGUGAAAAGUUUUGUAAUGAGAGUUAUGAAAGUCGUCAUGAAUUUAUUCAGAAAAAUAAAUUAUGCUUCAACUGUUUUGGAAGUAAUCAUCCAGUGAGCCGAUGUAAGAGACGUACCACUUGUAGGCGUUGCGGACGGCGACAUCACUCUUUACUGCACCCUGAGGGAAAUUCGAGUUCAUCGUCUAAUAUGGAACUAAAUCAAACGAAUGAAUCCGAGCACAGAGAGCAAGAAAAUGUGCAGAGAGAGGAGGUUCAAGAAUCAAGUCGAAUUUCAACACAUUUUGCUAAUGGCUCAAUAUCAUCACCUGGUCAAGUAAUGUUGGCUACGGCUUUAGUACACGUGGACACUAAUAGAGAUUGUUAUACACUGCGAGCAUUACUGGAUCAGGGUUCUCAAGCCUCAUUCGUUACGGAGCGUGUUGUUCAAUUAUUAGGGCUUCGUAAAAUUCCUUUCAAAGGAAUAGUAUCUGGCUUGGGUGGAGAUCAGUUUAACUUAUCCAUCAAACAUAUGGUCAUUUUUAAGAUACAGUCCAUUUAUACCUCGUUUAGUUAUGAAAUUCAGGCCUAUGUUUUGAACGCUUUGUCAUCCAGUUUACCAGCUCAAAAACUUAAUAUUCAAGAUUGGCCAGAAUUAUCAGGUUUAACUCUGGCUGAUCCCGGUUAUGGUACACCUAGUAAGAUAGACUUGUUGCUAGGGGCGGAUGUUUAUGGAAUGAUCCUAACGAAUAAUAUUAUUAGAAAGGGCAGUGUCACUGCUCAAGAUACACAGCUGGGGUGGAUAUUAUCCGGUAGAGUAGAAGUAAACCAUCAUUGUCACCAUUCCAGCAUAGUUAGCAUGCAUUCGCUGGAUAAUUCUGAUGAGAUAUUGCGUAAGUUCUGGGAGUUAGAGUCUGGUAAAGAGCAGAAUUUCAUGUCAGAAGAAGAUAAAGCUUGUGAAGAGUAUUAUGAAAAGACUACAACCAGGGAUGAAUCAGGUCGUUAUGUUGUGCGACUUCCGUUUCGCAAGAAUAAUCCUGAUUGCGAACAAGGGGAUUUUAAAGAAAUAGCUAAAAAGAGAUUACUGACUAUGGAAAGAAAGUUAGAAAAGGAUCCAAUUCUAAGAAAGGAAUGUUCAAGAGUAAUAGAAGAAUAUAUAGAUAUGAAUCACAUGGAACUUAUAACUGAAGAAAGAGAAAAGGUUAGAGCAGAUGCCGUUUACUUACCGUUGUUAGUUGUUGUUCGGUUAGAUAAAUCAACCACAGCGGUUCGUCUGGUGUUUGAUGCUUCGUGUAAAGGGAAUAAUGGUAAAUCAUUGAAUGAUGACCUACUUACCGGUCCACGAUUGCAGGGAGAGUUGAGACAUCUAUUGAUGAAGUGGCGUACUUAUCCAAUUUGCUUUGUGGCAGAUAUCAUCAAGAUGUACCGGCAGGUUAAGGUACAUGACGAAGACACCAGAUAUCAGCGAAUUCUGUGGAGACACAAUUCAAACGAGCCCUUCAGGGAAUACCGUAUCCUGAGAGUAACUUUUGGAGUUUCUUCUGCGCCUUAUCUUGCAGUAAAGUCACUUCAACAAGUCGCCAAGGAUGAAGGCAAGCACUUCCCUUUGGCAGCUGAUAGAGUACUGCAAGAUUUUUAUAUGGAUGACCUUAUGUCAGGUUGUCAGACGGAAGAGGAAGCAGUUGAUAUAUACAAUCAAAUGGUCGAAUUAUUAGACAGAGGUGGAUUUAAAUUGCAGAAAUGGGCAAGUAAUAGUCAGAAACUUAUGCAAGAAAUUCAAGAAGACAACAAAGCAGACAGAAACUUGGUGAUUAAGACAGAUGAUUUGGUCAAAAUUUUGGGAGUGUCAUGGAAUGUCUCAUCUGAUGAAUUUGAGUACGUUAUUAAAUUACAUCCACAAAUGCAGCCAAUUACAAAGAGAGUCAUUUUAUCCGAUAUAUCUCGCCUUUUUGAUCCACUGGGUUGGAUUGCACCGGUUAUUAUUCAAGCGAAGAUAUACAUUCAAAAGCUUUGGCUUGCAGGACUUGGCUGGGAUGAGGAAGUGCCAUCUGAUCUGCUAGAUAAAUGGAUUUCAUUUCGAGAAGAAUUGCCAAAACUUAAUCAAGUCAAAUUACCUCGGUGGAUGCACGCAACAUAUGAUACCACUGACAUAGAAAUCCACGGAUAUUGUGAUGCCUCCAACGAUGCAUAUGGUGCAGUCGUUUAUUCUCGUAUUAAAGACAAGUUUGGAGAAGUUCAUGUUAACUUGAUAGGAGCGAGGACUAAGGUUGCUCCCAUUAAGCAGAUCUCCAUACCUCGUUUAGAGCUUUGUGGCGCGGUACUUUUGGCAAAAUUGUUAUCGGAAGUGUCAUCGGUCAUGAAUGUAUCCAAGGUUCAAUUACGUGCUUGGACUGAUUCAACCAUAGUUUUAGCCUGGUUGAAAGGCGAACCAAACCGUUGGAAGACGUUUGUCGCCAACCGCGUAACUGAAAUAUUAGAGGUUUUAGACAGCAGUCAAUGGUCACAUAUUGAGUCUAAUCAAAAUCCUGCUGACUGUGCGUCUCGAGGAUUGAGGCCAGGGGAAUUGAUCGAGCAUGGAUUAUGGUGGCAUGGACCGCAGAUGUUACAUGAAUCCUAUUACGAGUUUCCUCUAAUUGAGAAUUUGUCUACUGAUUUGGAGAAAAAAGCCAUUAAAUCUUACCUUGCUGUCUCAGAUCGAAGUAAUGAUGAACUACCUGUCUGGACUAAAUAUUCAUCACUCAAUAAGUUGAUAAGAGUAAUUGCUUUUUGUUUGAGGAUCGUUAAUAAACUGAAACAUAGAAAAUUGUUACCUUCCUAUCUUACAGCUGCUGAAUUAAAUUAUAGUCUGAACAUUUGCCUGAAACACUGCCAAAGCUCAUCCUUUCCCAUUGAAAUUGAACAGUUGAUGAAGUGUCGAUCCAUCCCAAAAGGUAGUAAAAUAUUGUCUUUGUGUCCAUUCCUAGAUGAUAAACAUAUAAUGAGAGUACGUGGACGUAUAGAGCAUAGUCAAGAAGAUUAUGAUGCGAAACACCCUAUAAUCUUGCCGCGUGAUCAUCAUAUCUCUAAGUUAAUUGUAGCAGAUGCUCACGAGAAAACGCUGCAUGGCGGACCACAAUUAAUGCAUAAUUAUAUCAGUACCAGGUACUGGAUUAUCAACGUGAGGAGUAUAAUUAGACAAUAUAUUAAGAAGUGUAUUACAUGUAUUCGAUAUAGUACCUCGUGCCAACAACCCUUCAUGGGUGAUUUACCAAGCUCACGUGUUACAGCGAGCCGUCCAUUUAGCCGAAGUGGAGUUGACUACUGCGGUCCUAUCAACGUUAGAAUAUCCAAGGGUCGCGGAUGUCGAUGUUUCAAGGGCUAUGUAUGCCUUUUCGUGUGUAUGGUGACACGCGCAAUCCACUUGGAAGUGGUAAGUGAUAUGACGAGUGAAGGAUUCAUUGCAGCUUUCAAGAGAUUCGUGGCUCGUCGAGGCCACUGUCAGGAGAUUUGGAGCGACAACGGCACGAACUUUGUGGGCGCAUCAAAAGAGCUACGUGUUUUAUUUAAGGCUGAAAAGUCGAGUAUUUUAGAUGAAGUUGCUCAAUGUUUAGCAAAUACAGGAACCGAAUGGCAUUUUAUACCUCCCCGCGCUCCGAAUUUCGGGGGUAUCUGGGAGGCAGGGGUUAAAUCAACAAAGUAUCACUUGAAACGUGUGCUUGAUGGUACCACCUUAACCUAUGAGGAGCUUUCCACAUUGUUGGCCCAAGUGGAAGCAUGCUUGAAUUCUAGACCUAUGUACAGGUUACCCACUAGUCAGGAGGAUAGUUUGCCUCUCACACCAGGCCAUUUCUUGAUUGGGGAACCGCUUGUUACAGUUCCAGAAAACAAUUAUAUGAACCAUAAUAGCAGCAUGUUGCGUAGAUGGCAACUCAUGCAGAAACUUACUCAAAAUUUUUGGCGUAAGUGGUCAAGAGAAUAUCUCACAACACUUUGCAACAGGUAUAAAUGGACGAAAGUUACUCCUGAACCUCAAAUAGGCCAAGUUGUUUUAAUUAAAGAGGGUGAUCUUCCUCCAAGUAGAUGGUUGUUCGGUCGAAUUGAGAAAAAGCACCCUGGUCCAGACAAUAUAACUAGAGUUGUCACCUUGCGCUGUAAAGAAAAUUGUAUAAAAAGACCUGUAUCGAAACUUUGUAUUUUGCCAGUUGUUCAAUAA